AUGCUCAUUCUCUAUCAGGCACUUUAUCGCGAAGGAUUUUAUUGGAAGCAGCUCCAUCAUCCCAAUAUGUACCCCUUCCUGGGUUUAUCCAUCGAACCCUUCAGCGACGGAAGGCCAUGCUUGGUCUCUCCUUGGAGCAAUUUCGGUGAAGUGGAUAAGUUUCUGAGCAGAUACCCAGAGCACGACCGUCUCAAAAUCGUUGAAGAUGUCGCGGAAGGACUCUACUAUCUUCACAAUAGAGAUCCCCCGUUUGUGCACGGGGAUCUCAAGACGGGCUCGAUAAUGAUAGACAUUGAAUCUGUACGGCCUUGCAUUACGGACUUCGGCAUCGGAAAACAUUUCCAGUCCUUCACUGCGACGUUGCAGACAUCUAGGCCUAAAGGUACAGCACAAUGGAUGGCCCCGGAGGUCCUAUACAACCAGGAGCAAGACUACUCCAAAGUAAGAAACCCAUCUAGCGAUAUGUACAGUUUUGCUUGCGUCUGUCUAGAGAUAUACACGGGACGAGCACCAUGGUACCACGAGAGAGUCGAAACUACUGUCAUACUCAACGUAAUUGGGGGUAAAAGGCCUCCCCAUCCCGAUGGAGUACCCGAUAAGAUAUGGACUAUAAUCACCUCCUGUUGGAGGCAGGAGCCCGGGAGCAGGAUGCGCAUUGCAGAGGUUCGAGAGGCUCUGAGGUCCUGCAGAGCGGAGCCUGUUCGGGAGAUGCUUGCGAACGCUCCCGUGGCAGGCAACGACAAGGGGACGAGCAAACAUGCGAACUGACGGACGUAGAGCGUGCCAUACAAGCAUGUACACGCUUAUCUUCUAAACCGCUCUGCUGCGACCGGUACUCUAGAUAGACGUGACCUGUUCCACAACAAAAGUAAAAUGACAGUAGUACAACUGAGACUAGGCAA